UUGCCUUGGAUUAUGUCAUCCUCAAGUCGACAACAUCAAGAUUAGAGAGGUUCACGGCAUGGCAGGUGAAAGAUGUCAACAAGGUCUUGUGAGAACCAGUCUUGUAUCUCUCUGUUCCACCUCAUGGAAGUCAUAGAUCUUAAAACUUGCUGACGAUUGCAUUCACCAUUGCUAUUGAUCGCAGAUACUUCUUGGAGGAAGAAGACAUGCAAUUCCAUGAGUGUCAAGUUUGAGGUGUUGAAAGUUGAUGGUCUCUCAGGCAAGUUAUCUUACUGGUAGCAGUUCAUUUUCAUCCAUCAUUUUUUGUUACCAACAAUGGUGGUAUUGGGUAACAAGCACCUCUUCCAUGUCAUUGCCGUGCUUGAUCCGGCGUCUGAGAGUUUACAUGAUGCAACACCAGUUUAACUUCUCUCUGACAGAUCAAUGAUUCGAGAACUGCAAAGAAGAAGACUUCAGUGACAUGUGUCGAUUGUUGCUCCCCAUCCCACAUACAUCCAAACUGCACGGAGCUGAGACACUAAGCAACAUGGCCAAAGGACAUUCCAUUGGUGGCGGCUGCUUCCAUCCAUGGUUCCCUUCUUCCUCCCAGUGCUACCAUUUAUGAUCUUGGUCUCUCCUCCUCCUACUGUGAGUGCUCAGCCAAAACAGACCAACGUCAGUUUGGGGUCCUCCGUCGCCGCCUCCGAUGGUGCUUCCUGGCCCUCCCCCUCCGGCCGCUUUGCUUUCGGGUUUUACCCCAAAGCACAAGGGUUGGCCGUCGGAGUCUGGCUCACCACCACACCUAACAGGACCGUGGUGUGGACAGCUAACCGGGACGAUCCCCCCAUCACCGACGGCUACCUCAGAUUGACCUUCGAUGGUCGGCUUCUCUGGAGUGCUCCCGGUGGGGUGGAGAAGGCCGUGUCACAAGGUUCCGAGCCGGCCGCCCUGGCGGCCAUGAUCGACACUGGGAACUUCGUCCUGUACAAUUCCAAUGGAGCGAUCAUUUGGUCUACUUUUGGUUCUCCCACAGACACGCUUCUACCUGGGCAGAGCCUGUUCCCGGAUGGUCAGCUCUUCUCCAGCUUAUCGGAAGCUGACAGGUCCACCGGGAAGUACCGGCUGCACAACCAAAACGAUGCCAAUCUCGUGUUGUACCCUGUCGACACAUCCGACACCGCCGACGAUGCCUACUGGGACACAGGCACCUUCCAGAUUGGCUUCCUGCUCACGCUCAAUCUUGACAGCACUGGUUUACUGUACUUGUCCGGCGACAACGGUAGCUAUUCCAAAAACAUUAGCCUGCCCAAGGCAUCUUCUGGUUCGCCAAGUGGAACUCAGGUCUACUACCGGGCGAUCGUCGAUGUAGAUGGAAUUCUCCGGCUUUACUCUCACAGCUUCUCCAACAAUGGCAGCUCGACGACAAGAGUCGAAUGGGCAGCACUGCAGGAUCGGUGUUUGGUGAGAGGUGUGUGCCCACUCAACAGCUUCUGCAGCCCGAACGCCGAUGAAGAGCCUGUUUGCCUCUGUCCCCCUGGUUUCGACUUCGUCGAUCCAACCCAAAUCGCACUCGGUUGCGCCCGGAAUUCAUCAGGAGGAGAUUGCAGCACGAAAAGCUCCGAUGUUGGGGACGAAGGUUUGACAAUGGUAACAGUGAAGAACACGACGUGGGUCAACAAGGCUUACUCCAUUCUGCCGCCCACGACGAGCCUGGAUGCGUGCAGGGCCGCAUGCUUGAACGACUGCUUCUGCCAGGCGGCGUUGUUCAUAGAGGAUAAAUGCUAUAAACAGAUGCUUCCUUUGAGAUAUGGGAGGACCGGCAGCAACGACACGCUGCUCCUCAAGGUCGCAGCUUCAAGGAAGCAAGCAGUGGUUCACGAAAGGGAGAGUAAACUGCGUGUUGACGUCUUGGUCGUGGGUGUAGUUCUUGCUGGCCUCUCAGUCAUCGUCUUCGCCAUAUCUGGAUAUUUCUUCCUUGAACGUAAAAGGGCUGCAAGAUACAUUAGGACGCCAGACUCUGAUAACUCUGGUUCUGAUGAUUACAGCACGCUGAAAUCGUAUUCUUACGGAGAGCUGGAGAGAGCCACCGAGAACUUCAGGGAAGAGCUGGGCAGGGGAGCCUUUGGAACGGUGUUCAAGGGAACGGUUUCCGAUGGAGCAAGGGUGAUUGCUGUGAAGAGACUGGAGAAGAUGGUCGAGGAAGGAGAGAGGGAGUUCCAGAGAGAGGUGAGAGCCAUUGGCAGAACACAUCACAAGAACCUGGUGCGAUUGCUCGGCUUCUGCAACCAAGGCUCGAGUCGACUGCUGGUGUACGAGUACAUGAGCAACGGCUCGCUUGCGGAUCUCCUCUUCAAGGCUGAAACCUGGCCGACAUGGCGAGAAAGAUGCAGGAUCGCGUUGGACGUGGCCAGGGGACUGCACUAUCUGCACGAGGAGCUGGAGAACCACAUCAUCCACUGCGACAUCAAGCCUCAGAACAUCCUCAUGGACGCCACCGGGACCGCAAAGAUCGCCGACUUCGGGCUGGCCAAGCUGCUGAUGCCCGACCAAACAAGAACCUACACGGGCAUCAGAGGAACCAGGGGGUACCUCGCGCCGGAAUGGCACAAGAACGCGCCGAUAACAGUGAAGGCCGACGUCUACAGCUACGGAGUUGUGCUCUUGGAGAUCAUAUGCUGCAGGAGGAACAUGGAACUGGAGGAGGCCGGCCAUGGCGAAACCCUCCUUGAACUGGCGUAUGAAUGCUUGGUUGAUGAUGAGUUCGGAAGGUUGAAGAAGGACGAAGCCAUGGAUGAGACGGAGCUGGCGAGGAUGGUCAGAGCUGGGCUUUGGUGCGUUCAGGAACAGCCCGUCUUCCGGCCUUCGAUGAAGAACGUGAUCAUGAUGAUCGAAGGGCAUAUGGAAGCGCCUCUUCCUCCACCGCCGGCCUCCUUUUCAUCUUAAUAGCGUGCCGGGAUACACUGUACGUUACAACUUAAUACACGAGUCAAAUUGGAAAUAUAAAUAC